GGACGAGACCCGCCCCGAUACAAGGCUGGUGGUGGCGGCGGCGACGGGGGCGUGGUGCCCCCCCCACACUCUCCUGGGUCUGGGGAUGUGGGGCGACGGUGGCCCCUUCCCCCUUUCCAGCCCGACUCCCUGUCUCAGCUCUGCUCGUGCUGCCCGCACGUGCUGCCUCUGUCCUGCCCCGUCCCGCCUGGGCAGGGCCGGCGCCCCGCGAGCCCGAGGAGUGUCCCCACCCGCCCAUCCCUCCUGCCCCGGGACCAACUCCUUCUCCACCCCCACCCCCCCCAACCCCCCAAAUCGCUGAGUCAUCCUUCUGGGGGAGACACGUGCCUGGACCAGGGGGCGGAGGGGGAGACACGUGCUGACCGCCCCGCGUAGAGACCCGGGACUUGCACGUGGCGCCCCCGGACCUGGGCUGGACGUGUAGGGACCACGGGGUAGUCUCAGCCGGAGUCCUUCCACGCUCUUCAGAUCGUGGGGUCAGGAUGUUGGGGGCAGCAUAGGAGGAGGUGGUGAUGUCACAACUGCAGUGCCCUUUUCCGCGUUGCAUUUUCCAAUCAGUUCUGUCCAGGUGACUGUGCCCAGGUUAUGACGACUAAUCCCAAACCAAACAAGGCAUUAAAGGUUAAGAAGGAGUCAGGAGAGAAUGCCCCAGUGCUCAGUGACGAUGAGCUGGUAUCAAUGUCUGUGCGAGAGCUCAACCAGCACCUCCGGGGCCUCACCAAGGAGGAGGUGAUGCGCCUGAAGCAGCGUCGGCGCACACUUAAGAACCGAGGCUAUGCUGCAAGCUGCCGCAUUAAGCGGGUGACCCAGAAGGAGGAGCUGGAGCGGCAGCGGGUGGAGUUACAACAAGAGGUGGAGAAACUGGCCCGAGAAAAUAGCAGCAUGAAGCUGGAGCUGGAUGCCCUCCGCUCUAAAUACGAAGCAUUGCAGACAUUCGCACGCACCGUAGCCCGUGGACCCAUUGCUCCCACCAAGGUUGCCACCACCAGCGUCAUCACCAUUGUCAAAUCAGCCGAGAUUUCGUCCACCUCGGUGCCCUUUUCAGCUGCAUCCUAGUGUUCCAGGCAACUGUGGGUUAGAGGGUUGGCAGGGUGAAGGUGGACGGGACUGGCAGCCCAUUGAGAAGGGGACAAGGAAAUAUGUCUCUUGUGCUUGGUCAGUCUCUUCAAUCCUGUUGAGUUGAUGUGUCUCCUUAAAAAGAGUGCAACUACCACCUGCAAAGGGACCCUCAGUGGCUGCUUCUUGGUGGCCUUUGAUAGUUUAUGACAGCAGUUUGGCUUGGGUGUAGGAUAAGGGAAAGAGCUUCUGUUGAACCAACCCAAUUCCACGCCCCUUUCCAGCUCUCCCUCCUUCCCCACCCCCCAUCUCUUUGUGACUACAUAGCAAAUCUUGUUAUUGAGGCAAAGGUUAUUUCUCAAAGUGCCUCUUGGAUAUUUGGCAGACAGGAAAUGAAUAUGGGACCCCAAGAUUAACCAUACCAAGGAGCAUUACUCCAGCAGAUUCCUCUGUCAUCCUAAGGCCACUCUUGUUCAAAGGGAUCGCUGAACCAUCUCCUUACCCACCUGAAGAGGCAGCAUCACAUAUGUUUUGUGCUUAAAAUGAAAUUUAAGCAGAGAUUCUGUAAACAUGAUAUAUUUGAGAUAUAUCAGGUAGAGAAGGCUCUCAGUUUUUAGCUCAUAUUUUGAACAAGUUAAUAUAGUUUCAACUUUCUUCUAUUCCUCCCCUCCUCCAGUUUCUCUUCUUUCCUGCUCCCCCCUGUUCCCCUGGCAUGAGCAGUAAGUUUUCAGGUUCCUGACAUGACUAAAUGCCUGGCUUCCCUCCCUGAGCAAGACCUGAACAGAAGGCAUGUAGUGCAGCUUAAUUCUUCCAGGUGUUCCACAUUUAGAACGCACUCACAGCCCUGUUUUAGCUGUUAGCUUAGGAUUCCCUGGUGCUCCAAUAAAGGAGGUGUGGAAAAUAUUAGGCAGGCUUUUGUGUGUGCACUCAUGCACACGCGUGCACAGCAUUCCCCAAGGGAGAUAUCAAAGCAGUAUUACCAGGCUGAAACAGAGCAGUGGCAAGGGAUGUCUGCUCCACAGAGGACUGAUUGAGGUGUUACUGAAGGCAAAGCAGAAUGUUCAGAAUGGUCUCAAGAGCAUAGACAACAGCAGAGCUUCAGGAAGGGGGAAGUAAUAUGUUCUGAGGAAGCUGGGGCAACCAGACACCCCCUUCUCUGCAAAUGGGUGCCUGCUAGAGCCUGGUGAGGCAGAAACAGCCUCCUCUUGUUCAAAUGGGGAGCCUGCCUGCUCAGCUGCCAGAGCAAGGAGGGAAGCUUGGAGGAGCUAGUGUGCUUGUUCGCUGAUUUAGAGCAAAUCUACAGGUAGACAUUUCAGAGCUGAUGUCAGCUUCCUUCCUUUGACCUAUGUGAAUAGUCUUGUGUUUGAGAGAUCUGCUUGUGGUCAAUUCUUCUCCUCAUAAAUGAGAAGACAGUGAGUAUCUGAGACAUGGGAAUUCUGAGGGACCCAGAAAGGAAAUAAGGGGUUUUAUGGAGGAGAAUACUUGAAGAAUAUAAACAAAGGCUUUGGUUCCAAGGAAAGGAGGUGAGAGGGUUUGAGGAUGGUGUGGAGGGAAGGAGAGAGACAAGGAGGCAGGCAGAUGUCAGAUCUUGGUGCUCUGGCCCAGAUGAGCAGCAGUGUUUGGUGUCAGUAGAGAUGUCACAUAAAGUACACUUGAUGUUGUAGUAGUUCCUGUUUGAGAUGAGACAGGAAGUAGCCUUGGGUGGGCCAAGAGAGUGGUGUGGGAAACAGAUAGGACCUAGAGAGAAAGGGGGUCAGGUGUAGAGGUUAUCUUGUGUUAUUGGAAGAUAUAGAAAAUGAGUAUUUAAGAAGAGACCUAGAAUGUGGUGUGAGGAAAUUAUCAUUGUGUUGAUUGAGUCAAGAAGAUAGAUUGUACACUCUGGAGAGGAAGUAGGUUUGGGACUUGAUUACUGAAAGCUUGAGGUUUCCCAGGUGGAUCCCUGAGACUCUUAAUUGUACUCUUUUGCCACUGCAUCAAAGAUGAGAGGAAUCUGUGCAACCUUGGUGCUCAAACAUCGUCUGAAGCCUUUAACUUGCUUUUUUUUUUUUCCUGAGCAACUGAGCCAUCAAAGAUCCCACAGUGAUGUUUUCCUGGAGCUCCUUCCCACUGGAGAGUAGUAAAAGCAACCUCGGAUAACUUUCUGGAUGACUCCAUUAAACAUUUGGGAAGGUGUUUAUUUAGCAUUGCUACUUCAAUCUCUCCUACCUGCCCUGCUAAUAGAUUGGUGUCGACUGUUAAGGUUGGGGAAUGAGCCUGAGUUAGGGUCACAUUCCCCAGUCAGAAAGCCUGUCCUAUAAAGUUCCCUGGAUCAGCUAAGUACUCUGGUCUACUAGGGUGUCUGGAUUCUUUACCAUAUACAUAUAUACCUGUAUGUGUGUGUAUAGAGCUAGGAGGUGGGGAAGAGGAAGAGUGGAAUGAGACUCCUCUCAGUUGGCUUUGGGGAAGCUUAAGUACAACCCAGCUCAAGAGCAACCCCACUCUUAGAGAAAGCUUUGUUGGGUUCAUCAGAAAGAGGCCUUCCUUUUAUCCCAUUUCCCCAGCUCCUUGCUCCCAGUUUCCCUCUUACUGUACUCUCCCUACCCCUGAACAAAACAAACAAGCUGCAGUGGCCCUUAAGGGCCCUUAACCACAUAGGGAGGCUACCAUAGAAGUGACACAGGCCCCAAGGGCUGAAUCUUUGUUCUGUGUCCCUGCUGUUGGAAUAAAACAAGAAGGAUCUGAUCUUCUCCAGCAGCACUGCCAUGUGGCUGAAUAGUUUUCCAUUUCCUGGAAGAGUGCCAAAGGGUUUGGCCAAGCUGAGAGCCAGGUCUCUACCAGUAGAUGCUUGGAUUCUUUAAAACAAGAGGCCUGAGUGUUAAUAAAGCUGUUGAUACCAUAGCCAUGGUAGGUAAUCCAUAUUGGAUAUCAAUAAGGACCACGUGGAAAUAUUUAAAGAGAGAGAGAAAAAAUAUAUAUAUAUAUAAUUAUAUACACAUUUUAUCGUACAGAUUUUUCAUAAGCAAAAUUAAUUUUUUUUCAAGUUUGAUACUGUAAAAAUCUUUAUUAAAAAUAAUUGUCAGGUCAGGAGUGCCUGGCCUGACAAUUUGACUUGGGGAUAGAGAAUGGGAGUGGUUUCCCUUCUUUAUCCCUAACUUCUGCAAAUGAGUCCUAACCACAGGCUCUAUGGAAGGAGGGAUCUCUUGGUUGCUCUCCACACCCAGUUUUCCCUCUUCCAUUCUGAGUGGGGCUUUGGCUCUAAGGCCUGUGCAUUCUAAACUCUAUUCUGCAUGACAUUCCUCUGAACCACUGCCCUAAGGCUUGGGGGAUGACCCCAGCCAGGGCUACAACCUCCCCAGAUGUCAUGCCUUGGUAUUUCAUCCCCCAGGUGCACCAGCCAAUUCCUCUUCCCAACCCUGCAAUGUACCCCAUAGAUUCCAUUCCCAAGCAAUAGGAUUUCUUGCCAACCCCUUUUUUCCAGGGUAGGUUUCAUUCUGAUGUUCUAGUGUCCAAGGCUAGAGUGUUUGUAUUGUCAACUGUUUCACAUGUUGCUGAUCCCCCUUGGGUUGGGAGAAGCAGCAUUUUGCAUGGGCAAAUAAACUUUUCUAUGGAAUUCUUGACCUAUAUAAACUUCCCAGACUGCAGGGUGGAGGGCCAGGAACAUUACACCCUGGAGUUAAAAGUAGAUUAAUAGUUGUGCUUACCUGGGCACCUGAAAGAACUUUGGAAGUAUGGGGGAAACAGCUGAGGAGUGUCUGAAAUCUGAAAGCUCUAGGCUGAGUAGGGAGCAAUGUAUUUAUAGUAGAAGAGGAAGAGAAAGCAAGGCCCCAUUCGGACCAGGAGAUAGCCUAAGAGAGUUUGGUAUAUCACCAGGAGAUUCUGAUGGCCACAGUCUGGUCUAGGGGAAAGGUGACAUUUUUUCUCUCUCUCUUGCCCUCCCUUUCAAAUCAUUGAAAUUUCAUUGUCACAAUUUUAAAUUUUUUUAAUUUAAGAAAAAAGUCUAUGAUCUUUUUGUAAUGUGGGUUUGUUUUCUUUAUCUUUUGUGCUUUAAUCCUCUGGGACCUUUCCAUAGAAGACGAAUACUUUGCUUACUCUUUUCCCCCUCGAUAAUAGGGACAGUCUAAGUUUUUAGCACCAGCUCAUUCUGUCCUCUGUGGUUAUUCAGUAAUUUCAUUUCAAUAUUUAUUUUUGUGCUGCUUUUUUAUUAUAAUAUAAAUUAUUGAGAAUAUACCAAGUAAUGUGGAUUCCUGUUUGUAUGGCGUAUAGCCUAGUGUUUGUGUCCAUCACUUUGCUCUUCUGACAGCCACAACGUAAUUUAUUGCUGUACAUUUAGCUGCUGUGACUGGUUUUGUACCUUUCCAAUAAAGCAUUUUUUCUGGUUUUGGA